GCAAGGGGAGAGGCGCCGGGCACGUGAUAUGCGCCGGGGUUAGAUCCGCUCAGCGGCUGCUUUUCAUUGUUUCUCCCGGGAGGUCAGGGGUCACCGGGGCGGUGUGGUGCAUCACUCCGGUGCAUGUGCGGAAACAACAUGUCGGUGCCGCUACUUACUGAUGCUGUGACUGUGCCCGGAACUGAGCGGGAGACAGCGGUGGUCAUAUUCCUCCAUGGACUUGGAGAUACAGGACAUGGUUGGGCCGAGGCCCUAACUGGUAUAAGACUGCCUUAUGUGAAGUAUAUUUGUCCUCAUGCGCCUCGCAUUCCGGUCACGCUGAACAUGAAGAUGACGAUGCCAGCAUGGUUUGACUUGAUGGGCUUAGGUCCUGAUGCCCCAGAAGAUGAAGCUGGGAUCAAGAAAGCGGCAGAUAGCAUUAAGAGUAUAAUUGAGCAUGAAGUGAAGAAUGGGAUACCAGCCAACAGGAUAAUUCUGGCAGGAUUCUCACAGGGAGGUGCUCUUUCGUUGUAUACAGCUCUAACCUGUCAACACAAAGUCGCAGGAGUAGUUGGACUCAGCUGCUGGCUACCCCUUAACAAGACAUUCCCUCAGGCUGCAAGUGGUGUAAAUAAAGACGUUUCCGUACUGCAAUGUCAUGGCGAGGUAGACCCCAUGCUCCCUGUAAGGUUUGGAAACCUCACUUCAGAGAAGCUGAAGUCUAUGUUGAACCCUACAAAAGUCCAGUUCAAGACCUAUCCGGGAGUCGCUCAUAGCACCAGUCAAGAGGAAAUGACAUAUGUGAAAGAUUUCAUGGCGAAGCUGCUCCCACGAGUGUAAUACAGUGAAGACUGACAACAGGAAGGUGUAACUCGGGCUCACUUCAGUGUUUCUUACCUGAUUCUUUGACCACCCACUUCCCCACACGCACCCACUUUGUGCUGAUUUGUGACAAAAGUAUUAUCUGUGUCCUGAUGUGACUGGAGCUGUUUAAGGUACAGGGUGGAGGCUGCUGCUCCUGCACUUCUCCCCAGUCCCUGCCCACUGCAGGCUCUCAUCACUGCUGCUUCACACACAUUCUCCUAGUAUCACAUUUCAUGUCGUUCUGAUGUCCCAGGAUUCCUCUGGAGACUACAGAAAAAACAUCAUAUACCUCAGAGAAGCAGCCAUGUAUUGUGAGAGAUAUAAGAAUGUACCUUAAACACUCUGUCCUCCCAGGAACAUAGCUCAGGCCCACAGCAGCAGGUACUGUGCUACAGUAUAGUUGUACUUCCACAGCCAUCUGUCCCCACAACAGACGUGAAUCACACCUUUGGGACAAUGUCCCUGUUCUCAAUGCUUGGGCUAUGUACUUAGAAGGUUCAUUAUGUAUUGGGAAGACAACAAAUUUGCUAAUAAAGCAGUAUUACCGUCUGCUUUUUCUUUAAUAAAUCACAAAGCCUUCUACCUUCACUAAA